GCCGCCAGAGCCCCGCCCUGGGUAUGGACCGGCCCGGCCACCGUCUCCCGGCCCCGCCCAGCACGGCCAGGCGAAGCGGAGCCGGCGUGCGGGGUGUGUAUGUGUUCGCUGGGCGCCGGCUCAGCCCCAGGAAGAUGGUGGCGGCGGCGGCGGCGGCGGCGGCGACUGAGGCGCUGCUGAGGGGGAGCACGGCGGCGACAGCGGCGCCCGCGGGCAGCAAGGUCGAGCAGCACCGACUCUGCGCCGCGACUGGGGCCUGGAGGCCGGGGCCGCGCGCCGGGUUGUGUCUCCCGUGGGUGCUGUCGCGGGCGCUGCCCUCGCCGCUGCUGCUGCCGCUGCUCUUUUCGCUACUGCUGCUGCCGCUGCCCCGGGAGGCCGAGGCCGCGGCGGUGGCGGCGGCGGUGUCAGGCUCGGCCGCAGCCGAGGCCAAGGAAUGUGACCGGCCGUGUGUCAACGGCGGCCGCUGCAACCCUGGCACUGGCCAGUGCGUCUGCCCCGCGGGCUGGGUGGGCGAGCAAUGCCAGCACUGCGGGGGCCGCUUCAGACUAACUGGAUCUUCUGGAUUUGUAACAGAUGGACCUGGGAAUUAUAAAUAUAAAACAAAGUGCACAUGGCUCAUUGAAGGACAGCCAAAUAGAAUAAUGAGACUUCGUUUCAAUCAUUUUGCUACAGAAUGUAGCUGGGACCAUUUAUAUGUUUAUGAUGGGGAUUCAAUUUACGCACCUCUGAUUGCUGCCUUUAGUGGCCUCAUCGUUCCUGAAAGAGAUGGCAAUGAGACAGCCCCGGAGGUCACUGUCACUUCAGGUUAUGCACUGCUGCAUUUUUUCAGCGAUGCUGCUUAUAAUCUGACUGGAUUUAAUAUCACUUACAAUUUUGACAUGUGUCCGAAUAAUUGCUCAGGCCGAGGAGAGUGUAAGAGCAGUAACAGCAGCAAUACUGUUGAGUGUCAAUGUUCUGAAAACUGGAAGGGGGAAUCGUGUGACAUUCCUCAUUGUACAGACAACUGUGGCUUUCCUCACCGAGGCAUCUGUAAUGCAAGUGACGUCAGAGGGUGCUCCUGCUCCCCCAACUGGCAGGGUCCUGGAUGUUCAGUUCCUGUGCCAGCUAACCAGUCUUUCUGGAUUCGAGAAGACUAUUCUGAUUUAAAGCUCCCCAGAGCCUCUCAUAAAGCUGUGGUCAAUGGGAAUAUAAUGUGGGUUGUUGGCGGAUAUAUGUUCAACCACUCGGAUUACAGCAUGGUUUUAGCGUAUGACCUGGCUUCUAGGGAGUGGCUGCCACUAAACCAUUCUGUGAACAGUGUGAUUGUAAGAUAUGGUCAUUCUUUGGCAUUAUAUAAGGAUAAAAUCUACAUGUAUGGAGGAAAAAUUGAUUCAACAGGGAAUGUGACCAAUGAGUUGAGAGUAUUUCAUAUUCAUAAUGAAUCAUGGGCAUUGUUAACACCCAAAGCGAAGGAGCAGUAUGCAGUAGUUGGACACUCUGCACACAUUGUCACACUGGCAACAGGCCGUGUGGUCAUGUUGGUCAUCUUUGGUCAUUGCCCACUCUAUGGAUAUAUAAGCGUUGUGCAGGAGUAUGACUUAGAAAAGAACACAUGGAGUAUACUACACACUCAGGGUGCUCUUGUACAAGGGGGUUAUGGUCACAGCAGUGUUUAUGAUCACAGGACCAAGGCCCUGUAUGUCCAUGGUGGCUACAAGGCUUUCAGCGCCAAUAAAUACCGGCUUGCAGAUGACCUCUACAGAUAUGAUGUGGAUACCCAGAUGUGGACCAUUCUUAAGGACAGCCGAUUUUUCCGUUACUUGCAUACAGCUGUGAUAGUGAGUGGAACCAUGCUGGUGUUUGGAGGAAACACACACAACGACACAUCCAUGAGCCAUGGCGCCAAAUGCUUCUCCUCAGACUUCAUGGCUUAUGACAUUGCUUGUGACCGAUGGUCAGUGCUUCCCAGACCUGAUCUCCACCAUGAUGUCAACAGAUUUGGCCAUUCAGCAGUCUUACACAACAGUACCAUGUAUGUGUUCGGCGGCUUCAACAGCCUCCUCCUCAGUGACGUCUUAGUCUUUACCUCGGAGCAGUGUGAGGCGCACCACAGUGAGGCAGCUUGUGUAGCAGCAGGACCUGGUAUCCGGUGUCUGUGGGACACAGGGUCAUCUCGAUGUACCUCCUGGGAGUUGGCGACUGAAGAACAAGCAGAAAAGUUAAAAGCAGAAUGUUUUUCCAAAAGAACCCUUGACCAUGACAGAUGUGACCAACACACAGAUUGUUACAGCUGCACAGCAAAUACCAAUGACUGCCACUGGUGCAAUGAUCACUGUGUCCCUGUGAACCACAGCUGCACAGAAGGCCAGAUCUCCAUUUCCAAGUAUGAAAGUUGUCCCAAGGAUAACCCUAUGUACUACUGCAAUAAGAAAACAAGCUGCAGGAGCUGUGCCCUCGACCAGAACUGCCAGUGGGAGCCCCGGAAUCAGGAGUGCAUUGCUCUGCCAGAAAAUAUCUGCGGCAUUGACUGGCAUUUGGUUGGAAACUCAUGUUUGAAAAUCACUACUGCUAAGGAAAAUUAUGACAAUGCUAAGUUGUCCUGUAGGAACCACAAUGCCUUUUUGGCUUCCCUUACAUCCCAGAAGAAGGUGGAAUUUGUCCUUAAGCAUCUUCGGUUAAUGCAGUCAUCUCAGAGCAUGUCCAAGCUCACUCUGACUCCAUGGGUUGGUCUUCGGAAGAUCAAUGUGUCUUACUGGUGCUGGGAGGAUAUGUCUCCAUUUACAAAUAGUUUGCUGCAGUGGAUGCCAUCUGAGCCCAGUGAUGCUGGCUUCUGUGGGAUCUUGUCAGAACCUAGUACUCGGGGAUUGAAGGCUGCAACCUGCAUCAACCCACUCAAUGGCAGUGUUUGUGAAAGGCCUGCAAACCACAGUGCCAAGCAGUGCCGGACACCAUGUGCCUUGCGGACAGCCUGUGGCGAGUGCACUAGCAGCAGCUCCGAGUGCAUGUGGUGCAGCAACAUGAAGCAGUGUGUAGACUCCAAUGCCUAUGUGGCCUCCUUCCCUUUUGGCCAAUGUAUGGAGUGGUAUACAAUGAGCAGCUGCCCACCUGAAAAUUGCUCUGGCUACUGUACCUGCAGCCAUUGCUUGGAGCAACCAGGCUGUGGCUGGUGUACUGAUCCUAGCAAUACUGGGAAAGGGAAAUGUAUCGAGGGCAGCUAUAAAGGACCCGUGAGGAUGCCUUCACAGGCCUCUACUGGAACUGUGUAUCCACAGCCUCUUCUGAACUCCAGCAUGUGUCUAGAGGGCAGCAGAUACAACUGGUCUUUCAUUCACUGUCCAGCUUGCCAGUGCAAUGGACACAGCAAAUGUAUUAAUCAGAGUAUCUGUGAGAAGUGUGAGAACCUGACCACCGGCAAGCACUGUGAGACCUGCAUAUCCGGCUUCUAUGGUGAUCCGACUAAUGGAGGCAGAUGUCAGCGUACCACAGAGGCAUCCAGAGAUGUCUUCUGCUGGAAGCUCAGACAAGACAGAGGAGUGAUGGAACAUUUGAAAGUCUGUGGCGGCCAGGGGAGCCCCCUUCUGAACUACACUUCCAUCAGAGACUGCAACACCUGACUGUACCAGUCUGUGGUGGGAGGGCAACUCACCCUCUGAGAACCCCAGAUCAAGUCUUUGCAAUGGCCUGGGUUUGGUUUUUGUUUGGUUGGUUUUAGACAGGAUCUGGGGGGAGUUGAAGAUAAGCUUGAACUCCUUAUCCUCCUGCCUAUACCUCCAAAUGCCCAGCUUCACACAGUACUUCUCAGAUAGUUUUAAGAUUUGAAUAGUCCCACAUUUUCCCACUCAAGUCUGAAAGCCAUAGGCUACUUUAUUGUUAGAAUGUAAGUUAAUGUCUUUUUAAUCAGUAAGUCACAUUUAUUAAUUCAUUUUUUUAUUUGUUCCAGUCUCCAAUUGAAAAAUAGUAUGAAUCCUAUAGUUGAAAGACCCCUUAAGCUCUAAUUAAGAAAAGAGUUCUCAGGCCAAGAAAAAACUCAGUUGGUAUAGUGUUUGCCUAGCAUGCAGGAAGCCCUGGGUUUGAUCCCAGCACCAAGUGAAAAUGGGUACCGUGAAAAUGCAGCUGUCAUCUAGGGGGAAAAAAAAUGCCUGGGACCCAGCACUCAAGAUCUGUAGGCAGGAGGCUCAGAAGUUUAAGGUUAUCUUUAGCUAUGUGAUGAAUUGAAGUCCAACCCAGGCUACAUGAGACAUUGUCUCAAAGUGGAGAAGCAGGGAGAGACUGCCCGAUAGCAACCUCUGGCCUUUGUGUACACACAGCAUGUUUGCAUGCUCCUGUCAAUGCCCUCCCUCCCCCCGCAAGAAAAGAUAUCUGUAUCUGCUUCUCAGAUCCCACCUCUAGAUUCUUUACUGUGGCCCUUCAGAACUGACCCCGAGCCAGGCAGGGAUGAGAAGGCAGUCUAGCUGAGCAUCUCUAACCUCUCCAGGACAUGGCUGUGCAGAUGAAGGGAGAGCUUGAUAAGGGAUGUUUGAUAACAUCCACAGCACAACAGAAAUGUGAUUAGUACCUGUCUGGUGUCAUUUACCACUACUCUACAGUAAAAUUUCUUGCUGAAGUUACAAAGUAUUCAAUACUAUGCUGUUAAGAAGUGUCUCGGCACAGGUGUGUGGGUUCACGCAAAUCCGUGGAAUGAAGGCUCAGAGGCACCUUAAGAAUGAAUCCAGCCUUUCUUGGCUGCAGGGGAGUCCAGCCUCUAAGGACUGAAGCAUUUUCCCUUCGCCCAGGGUAUUUUUAUUUUCUAUUUACAGUUUAGCCAGUUAAUUUCUGUAUGCUCAAAACAACCUGAAAGAAGCUCCCAAAGAUACAAAGUCAAGUGCAAAUUCUUCAGUUUCUCAGGUACACAGUUUUCUGGGUUUCCUGAACCAAAUUUUGCAUAGACCUUUGAUCUUCGGGAGAUUCUCAGACAAGAUUCACAUAGGGUGAUAAGGGCUAUAAGAGAAACAGAAGGCAUCGUUAAACAAUGAAUGAAUUAGUAUAGGUGCUACUCUGUGGAGCCAGGCCAGAUGCAGCUCAGCAGAAAUGUAGCCACUGUGCCUUAAGAACAAGCAUAUCAAGGAUGGCACAGCUCCUUGUCUUUGAGGGACCUCAAAUCAGUUAAAACUAGGUCUUUGACUUUGAUGUGAAGCACAUAUUGUAGGGCUAGAGAUAUGGAUUAAUUGGUAGAGCCUCGGUCUAGCAUGCAUGUAGCCCAGGGUUCAUUCCCUAGGGCUGCAUAAACUUACCAGGUGUCAUUCCCCUGUAAUCCCAUCCCUUGGGGGGUAGAGACAGAAAGAUCAAAAGCUCAAGACUAUCCUCUACUGAAGUUUGAGGCCUUCCUGGGCUACCUGAGACCCUGCUUUUAUGUGAAGAGAAAGAGAAGCACUUGGAAAGAAAGAUCUAUAGACCACAUAGGCUUCUUAUACAGAGGAUUUUCAUAGCUUUCAAAUCUGUUACCCUCAAAGAGGUACUGAGAAACCUAAACAUGAUCACAGUGGUUUCUGAGAGACACCUGGCAGGAUUCCAGGAGAUACGUAAAGCUUGCAGAUCACAGAGGUGCAAGUGCGUAGGACAUCUCUGAGGCAAAGUUCAGUCUUGUUAGAGAUUCUCAGGUGAUGUCUGGGGAAAGGAUUAAGGCCAUGCCCAUGGUCGUAUAUGCUCAGGCCGUCAGCCUGGGUUAUGGCUGUUUGAACAUACAAUACUCAUCUACAGAAGGCGUAGCAUCUCUGUCAGCAGCCUUCACAGCACGUUAACUGCUGGAAUCCUUGCUUCUCAGUUAGUGAGAGGCCCAGCCAGACUGAGGUGAGGGGCUCCUGGUCCUUCCCCUGUCCCUAUAAUUUUCCCUGGCUUUCCAACUUGCUUCAAACAUACUUAUCAAUCAGGUAAUUGUAAGAACACUAAAUAUUCCUGAAUAAUAAAUGUGUUUAUGACUUUGUGGUGACAGCCACUGAAGACCUAGAUGCCUUUAUCCCUCCAAAUCAAGUAACCUUCCCCGAGUCUCACAGUAAGCGAUAGCCGAGUCGGGAGCCACAUCUAAUAUGUUUUGAUCUUAACAUCUAGCCUGCUUGUGUCUCCAGGUGACCAUCCCCAUGUCCUAAGCUGCCUCUAGAAAAAUCACGUCUUCCUUUGUGGCCUCUGCAGGGUCUUAGUAUGGUUGUCUGGAACUUUGCUGUACUUUCCAGAGUCCUGGUUCAUAAUAGAAGACAGCUUUUUAGAUACUAUGGGAAGACUAUAUAUUGAACCUUGACAUGCCUUCUUUGAAAAACUUAAAAUUUUUUUAAAAAUAGUGCUUUAGCGUUGAUAUAUAUUAAAUGCUUACUGUUUCAGGUGCCAUCCAUACCUCCUUUAGUUCUCACCUUAGUCCUAUGGGAUGGAUAAUGUUACUGUCCACAUCAUUUAGACAAGGAAAUGGGUCUCAGGUUAAGUCUCAUGCUCAGAGCUACGUGGAGGACAGUGGACUCAAAUGUGAGCAGACUGACAAGACAGAUUUCCAUUAAUGCAGUGUACCAAAUCUGUACUCAUAGAGGAAGAGUUGAACACUGCUGUUCCCAACUGCCUCAUGCGUUCUGAUGAUCUCUGUACUAUUCUGUUUGAAAGAUUUCUUUCAGUGAUCUUGUUUUUCUUCACAUGGAUUUUUUUUUAAGUAUACCUUUCUCCAGCCUAAUACUUUUCAUUACUCACAUGAAAACAAGCCUCCCUAACAAAGGAGAAGUCAAAGCUAGGCUAGGAAGUCCUGCAGGAAGUGCUUCCCUUAACUAGGGAACCUCUCCAAUCUGAACCUUCAGGAACUUGAUUCAAAAUGUGGCCGCAAUAGAGCAGAUCCCCUAGAUGAGGCUGAGGGCGGUCAUCUCUACAAGGCAAGGACCCAGCAUAUGACAUACUACAAAUGCUCUUAAAUAUUUAUUGAACAAAACCCGUAAUUCUGAAAGAGUCUGUCACAAAGAGGGAAACAGCGAUUUCUUCAGGUAGCAACAGAACAGAGCCUUGUCUUUCCUCCUGCCUUGACUGUUGACUCCUUUAAUGCCAUCUUUAUAUUAUUAGAAAUAAAUCAUUAGCUGAAAAUUAUUGAAUGUUACUCGUGAUUUCUCUUGCUUUAGUCUUUCUUUCCUAUAAACCCAUUUCAGGCAGAAUUAUUUGUCUUAAUCAAAGUCUGU